AUGUGUUUUAGAUGAUGCCAGAUGUCAUGUGGUCGGAUGUGUGUUUGUCACUCUUCCCCCAGUGAGGGUCCUGCAGGUUUGGAGAGGAAGUUGACCAAGCUGGAAGCCAUGGUUAGGAUGCUGCAGGAUGACCUGAAGAAGGAGCGUGAGGAGAAGCAGCGUCUCCAUCUACAGAUCAAGAUGCUAUGGGAAGAUAACCAGCGGCUGCAGGAGGAGUCCCAGAGCUCUGCUGCCAAACUCAAGAAGUUCACAGAGUGGGUUUUCAACACCAUCGACAUGAACUGAGACAGAAGAGAGAGAGACAGAAGAGAGAGACAGACAGAGAGAGAGAGAGACAGAAGAGAGAGACAGAAGAGAGAGAGACAAAAGAGAGAGAGACAAAAGAGAGAGAGACAAAAGAGAGAGAGACAGAAGAGAGAGAGAGACAGAAGAGAGAGAGAGACAGAAGAGAGAGACAGAAGAGAGAGCGAGACAGAAGAGAGAGAGAGACAGAAGAGAGAGAGAGACAGAAGAGAGAGACAGAAGAGAGAGAGACAAGAGAGAGAGAGACACAGAAGAGAGAGAGAGAGACACAGAAGAGAGAGAGAGCGAGACACAGAAGAGAGAGAGAGCGAGACACAGAAGAGAGAGAGAGCGAGACACAGAAGAGAGAGAGAGAGAGACAGAAGAGAGAGAGAGAGACAGAAGAGACAGAAGAGAGAGAGAGAGACAGGAGAGAGAGACAGGAGAGAGAGAGAGACAGAAGAGAGAGAGAGACAGGAGAGAGAGAGAGACAGGAGAGAGAGAGACAGAAGAGGAGAGAGUGAGGUGAGGAAGAGGACUUUUCAACUGGAGGGAGAAGAGGAAGAGAGAGUGAGGAGAGGAAGAGGAGAGAGGGAGAAGAGGAAGAGAGAAAGUGAUUGUCCUUGACUCUAGCCAAACAAUGGGACCAGUGCCAAAACCAUUUCCCCUUCUCCCUGGAUCUCGCUGAAGGACAUAUUACAACCCCCGUGUCUCCUUCUUACCCUUGGUCUUCAGUAAAGUUCCCUUCUCACACUCAGGACCAGAGCCUAGAAGGACAGUGUUGUGUUAAAUAAUCCUGUCCUCACAUACUGGCUGAGGAGGUGUGUAUUUGUUGUGUGAUUUCAGUACUGCCCAGAAAUACUAGAGUUCAGAAGACUUGAGCGUUGUCUCCUCGUCUCCUCCCACAGCGUCUGAGCUGACUUCACUCUGGGAGUGGU